GGAGGCAGUGACGUGGCCGCUGGGAUCCGCCAUCUUGUGCCGUUGAAACCAACGCCUCAGAGACGCGGAGAGCGGAUCGGCCCGGGGAUUGUGACCAGGACCGACACUCAGAGCGGCUGCAGCACCGUCGGGGAGAGCUUUUAUUGGUAGAUAAGGCACUCACCCAUUUCCAUCAUGGGGAAUGUUUUUGCCAACCUCUUCAAAGGCCUUUUUGGCAAGAAAGAAAUGCGUAUUCUUAUGGUAGGACUUGAUGCCGCCGGUAAAACAACCAUCUUGUACAAACUGAAACUGGGAGAAAUAGUAACUACAAUUCCAACUAUAGGGUUUAAUGUUGAAACCGUAGAAUACAAGAACAUUAGUUUUACUGUCUGGGAUGUUGGUGGUCAGGAUAAGAUUAGACCCCUUUGGCGCCACUAUUUCCAAAACACACAAGGCCUCAUCUUUGUGGUGGACAGUAAUGACCGUGAGCGAGUGAAUGAAGCAAGGGAAGAGCUGAUGCGGAUGCUGGCAGAAGAUGAACUUAGGGAUGCGGUCUUAUUAGUCUUUGCUAACAAACAGGACUUGCCAAAUGCAAUGAAUGCAGCUGAAAUAACAGACAAGUUAGGACUACACUCCCUGCGCCAUAGAAACUGGUAUAUCCAGGCUACAUGCGCCACUAGUGGAGAUGGGCUCUAUGAAGGACUGGAUUGGUUGUCCAAUCAACUCCGGAACCAGAAAUGAAACCUGCAAUCAUUGCUAUGUUUUUUUUUUUUUUUUUUUUCUUUCUUAUUUGGUUUUGUUCCGCUGCCCCCUGGGUUUUUGUUCUGUGCCCCUGUUUUUCCUAACCCCCUUUCCCUCCCCCACCCUAUAUUUCUCUUUUCCCUUUGCUUCUCUCUGGUGUGGCAAACUGUGCUACUUUGCGGUAUCGAGUGCCGGAAUCGGUUACUUUCUCUCUCCAUCAUGCUGUAAAUGUGGCAAAGAAGAGCCUGAAAACAGUUAGGUGUCUUAUUUAAUGUAAAUAGUUGUUGUUUCCAAUGAGGCAGUUUCUGGUACUCCUAUGCAAUAUUACUACACUUUUUUUUUUUUUUUAACUUAUAAAUUUGUCACUUAGUGCUGGAAGUGAGCAGAAAUCAUAUGCUUUUGAGGCUGUUGCCACGUUCUUGCAGAAAUCAAUACAUUGCUAGUUUUUAAAAGCAAAAUAGAAAAUAUUUUUGACCAUACAGUUUUACCUCUUGGUACCAAACUAAGGAUGUUGUUUACUUUGGCUCUAGUGCCCCCACCCUGUGGGCAGUAAGGAUUACCCAAUAUUGCUGCUUAUUGGGGUCAGUGGUGUUUUUCAAACAGGUUUAUGAACCUAAAGACCCAGUUGAAAGUAAAGUGUCCAUCUCCCAAUAUGUUUUUAAAAGGGAGCUUGGAAACUAUUUAACCUCAUUGGUGCUGGAGCAGUUUGUGUUAUUGUCCAUGAUUGGUUCUUUUUGCAUGGUUACGAUACAGGUCCGUGUAAUUGCUAUGCUACUGGAUCUGUCUGCAUUUUGUAGCUUCUGUGCCUGUGUGUGUGCUUGAGUGAAGACCAUAUUAAAAACGACUUCAGAAAUGACUAAGUAUUGAGCAGAGUGUAAAUAAUGUGGGCAUUUCUUUGGCUUCACACUAGAACCAAACUACAUUCCUUUCUGACCAUUAUUUUGAAACCCUUCGGUUCUGUGGGACUUUUGGGUAUCACGGACUAGGCUGGUUACCCCCAGUAGUAAUGCAGCACUGUGUAAUUUGGGGACCUUCCCAAAGGCUUUUAAAGAAUUCCAUCCCCUCAAUGUCAAUCUGCUCCUUCGUUCUUUGUAAACCUAGUUCACAUGGCUGUGCCAGAUCAAACGUUCAUACCUCGAAUCCUUCUUGUAAUGCAGGAAAUCGGUUCCCAGUAAUAACAGUCCGUUAAUAAACCAAAAGCAUUGUGCAUCAUUUUGGGUACUGGUCUGUUUUUAACGACUGCAGAUGCUUUUUGUGUUAUAACAAAAUGUAGGUAAUAUACAAUACAAUUUAGGUCAUGGUACAUGGGCUUUCUCCUGUAAUAUUUACCCGGUUAACCAUCUUGCGCUGAAGUCAGUGUUGUUAAACAGUGCUCUUCUGCAGUAGUUAUUACUCCAAAA